AUGGCGACUGCUACUGUCGAAAGCAGAAUCGAUGAAUUAGAUAAAACGAGAAAGAAAGUACUCAAUGUCGUCGAAAUUGCUGAUCAAAUCUUGAAAGAACUAUCAAACGAUCAUCCGUCCACCCAAUCUGUUAAAAGUUCUACAACUACAUUUGCGUCCCUACUGGAAAGCAUCGAGCGUGAACUAACCCAACAUAUUAAUCAUUUACUCUCAGUAACGAAGGAACAACAACAAGAACAAGUAACUUAUACUCAGGAAAAGGAUUGUGAAUUGGCAUUAAUGAGAGUAAGUCAAAUAAAAAAAAUGGUUGAAAAGGCUAUUGAAUUGCACCGGUCUCCAGUUGCAAGUACCCAACACGGUGAUAUUGAACCUAUGGACGAAUCUUAA